AUGAGGGUGACGGUCAGGGAGUCGCAAUGUAGUGAAGAGGCUGACGAGGAGAUUGUGCAAGCAAAUGCAGACACAGAAGAUGGGGACUGUGAAGUGUGUCAGCCUGUGGAAACCUAUGAGAACAUCUUGGAUAACUUCUGUAGGGCGGACGUAGUGGUGAAAACCCGCGUCAAGAAGCAGCGCAAGAACAAGGUCAUCUGCAAGAAGGCGCGAGUGUACAAGUCGGAGGAUUCGGAGGAGGCGCGGCAGGCACUCCGCCGGCCGCGCUUCUCUCUGACGGGGUCGGCCGGUUGCUGCCAGAUCCAGGCGUCGCGCACGGCCUACCUCAUCAUGGCCAGGCGGAAGGGCCAGGAGCUCGUGCCGACGUUUGUCAUGCCCUUCAGGAAGUCCAAGCCCCUCCGCAUGGCGCUGAAGAAGUUCCGCGGCCUCGACUGCUCGGACCCGCAGUUCAUCAACGGCGGCCUCGACAUCCCGACGCUGAGCCAGGAGCCGCCCCAGCGCAGCCCGCGCCCCAGCAAGAGACCCGGGAAGGGCCGCAGGAAGCCCAAGGGCCGCCGAGGGCGCAAGAGGGGUCGCGUGCCCCGCCCCCCGCCCUCCUCUCCCCCCGAGGGCGCGGACGGCGCCAUGGGGCCGGCGCUGCCCUCGCCCGCCUCGUACCCCACCCUGGCCAUGGCCACGCCCCCUCCGCCGUCGCCCCCGCCGUCGCCCGUGCUGGAGAGCGACCAGAGCCUGCGCUUCCUGCAGGAGAACGAGCUGGAGGGCCACACGCCGCCCUCCAUCGACCCCCCGACGCAGCACAACGACGCGGAGGCGCAGGACGACGGCGACGGCGACGCGGAGGAGGGCGAGGACGGCGCCGCGGAGGGACCCGGCGAGAAGCGGCGCGGGCGGAAGCGCGGGCGGCGGCAGCGGAACAAGGCGACGAGGAGAGACAGACGCAAGAAGGGGCGGGGCGGCGACGAGGAGGAGGAGGAGGAGGCGACCGCGGAGCCCUGAGGAGGAGGGGGAGGAGAGGGGAGGAAGGAGGGAGCAGAAACGGAGAGAUGGAGAAGAAGAAAGAGACAGAGAGGUUAAAACAGAGAAAAAAAUCGACCCGACGGCCAGUAAACCCAGUGACAGCCUUUGAUUAUUAUCUUUAGUUGUUUCUUUUUUUAUUUUUUCCUUGUUUCGAGUGAUUAUUUAUCUUGCUGAUCAUUUUAAUUCGCUCUGUUGUCAUUAUUGUGCCAUGAUCUUUUGUUUGUUUUUAGAGGUCUUAUCCAGAUGUUUCAAAAUUAAUUUUGUUUUACAUUUACGAAAAAAACAUGUAAAAAAAUAAAUCACAAAAUCACAGAAACUGGGCGACGGAAAAGAAGAGAGAAAAUAAGUGAAUAGACAAUAGAUGUACAGCAUGUGACGUAUAAAAUGUAGAUAGGCCUAGGGAUAGCGUGUCUAAAAGAUGUUCUUUUAUUUCAGUAAUGUCUUUUUGGAUUCCUUUUUUUUCUCAAAAUAAACCACGCAUAAUUUCUCAGCCAAUAAUACUUCAUACAAAGCUCUUUCACACAUAUUCAUAGUGUAUGUUGUGACUUUUUUGUAAAGGUGUGGCAAGUGACCUAUAGCAGGGGUCAUGCGUGUAAACUCUUUAUAUUUAAAAAAAGAUAUUGUAAAAAAAUGACCUUUCUAAAGACUCAAUCGGUCUUUUUUUAUUAAUUGACUGACCGAAAUGAGUGAUCUAAAAAAAAAAAGUAGGAUUAACUUAAUUAAAAGGAGGUAAUAAUUACGGUAUAUUAUAUUCACGCUAGCUGUGUGAGGUAAAGUAUAAUUCAUAGCUCAUUGUCGUGUGCAUUUCCCUUGUCUAACUUCUCCUAUUUUAUUCCUAUUUCAUUUUCUCUUAUACUCAUCUUCUGUUUCUAUCUUUCAUCAUCAUAGAACAACUCAAAAUGAUUUCCUUUUUUUCCACUGAGGAUUUUUUUAGAUACUUUUUUGUGUGAUAAUAAAAGAUAAGAAGUAUUGUAGACGUAACAAUGUCAUUGCAGAUAACUGUGUUUUCGGGUAUUACACGAAGAAAGAAUCCGAUUUGAAUGUGUAGUUAUUAUUGGAUACUCUAAGGAUUAACUCGUAGGUUAUAAAUGGAAAAGGAUGUUUUUAUUAAGCCGGCAAAGUCACUGAUUGGGUAUCUGCUCAUAUGACGUCAGAGUUCCCUGAUUGGUUGAUGGGAAGCUCGCUUGCGUCAUCGUUGUUACCGGUUUUGAUUGGUCGAUGAGGGAGGCUCGUGUCGCGUUCUGAUUGGCUGUAAAAGGUUGAUUAUCUAUACCAGUCUCCGAUUGGCUACGGAAGAUAAUUAUAGAUGAUUUAGAAUCUAGCAAUAUGAAAUUAACCUGAGAUCUAAAAAUAGCUCAUAGAAUAUUUUGUAAACGAUAAACGAAUAGUAAAUUAGGAAAUAUGUAUACAUAGAUAUACAUGCAAACAUACAUACACAAAAAUAGAUUUAAGAUUAGCAAUGGCGAUCAUUUUUUUGCAAGACGAAAGACGCUCUCUUAUCAGCCAAUCACAAGCCAGCAACGAAAAAUGCCGGUCAAUUAACUAAAGAAGAAAAAAAAUACAAGAAAUACGUAAAAAUUAGAUAAAAUAAAAUCCUGUUUUUAUAUAUAUAUGCAUCCAAGUUUUACACAAUGUCCAUAUUCCAAAAAGAAAACAAAAACACCGACAAACACGUUUUAAAAUUGAAUAAACUGAACAACCGUUUUUUUUAGAAGACUCAAGGUUAAAUGUCGAGUAAAAGAAUAUAGGAAAAUGGUCUUUAUAGCAUGUCAGAUCUAUUUCCAAAAGGUUUUAAGACACCCAUCAAUCAUUUCUUUUCUUAAGUCAUUCUAAAAAUACAUUGAUAAAGGGGGGGGAGAGCUCCUCAUAAGUCAUAAGUCAUUGUUUAAGUGUAAGUUGGUCUCUGUUAGAUAUAGGUCAAUAAAAAUAAUUACCAAAA